AGAGCGCAGACUCGUUCGUUCCUUUUCCACCAUCAUCUCCUCCAACUCUUCUCGUGUUCUUUGAUGUCUCUUUUGUUUUGUUAAUAUCUUUUGUCCUUUUUAUUCAAUCCUGUCAUAAAAACUCUCUCCUUUUUUUUUUUUUGUUUCAGUCCUUUUCUUUUGUUCUUCACUCUUUGUCGUGUCUUAGUUUUGCGUGUCUUAGUUGUCUCGAUUUUCGGAUCAUCCCAUCCCGUCUUUGCGCCUGUUUCGCAUUUCAGACAACUCGCAAAACUCUCUCUAAAGCAAAAGGAACUCAAGUCACAAGCAUCAUUCCAUGGCCAUGGCGACGACGCGUUCGCUGCCUGCAAGCGCAAAUCGCUCUGACGCAGAAGAGGAGGAAGAUUCGGAUUCGUCCAUUCUGUUCGAGUACUCGAGCGACCGCGAACCGCAUCAUCAGUCUCACCACCACCACCACCACCACCACCACCACUCGCAGCAGUCUCAUCACUCUCAUCGCACGUCCAGCAUCAUCGUGCCAGCACACCGCACGACGACGGGCCCCCUCAUCGUCUGCAGCGUCUCACGCUACCAAUCAUCAAGAGCGUCCUGACCCCGGCCUAUGCCGACCCGCUCUGCCGCCGGAUGACCUGGGCUACCACAAGACCGCCGGAUCAAAGUCCAACUCGAGCUGGCUGAGCGAUGGCGACCAAGACGAUGAAGACGACGACGAUGACGACGAUGACGACGAUGAAUCCGACGAUGAUGAAGCCAGCGUAGACUCAGAGUCCGACUCGUCCACCAAUGCGCUGCGAAAACGAAACCGCAGGCAGGCAUCGACGCCCAUGGCCAUCCCAGGAUCGGUGGCGGCGUCCGGUGCGACCCCUCGCUCGGGCUUGACUCCCGAGGGCCUCGAGAUGCACCGAGUGGCUGCCGCUUCCAUGGCCGCGAGCUUUGGUUCCGACUCGCUCUCUUCUCCUGAGACGAUCGUGUCUGGCACUUCUCCGCCGCGUCCAGUGCUGAGCUCCUCCUAUGAUGAAGAAAUUCCACCCUUCAAUGCUCACCACCGUAGCACGGGUGUCGUCAAAAAUGGCACUGCUACUGCAUUCGCGCCACCGCUGGCUUCCAGCCCACCCGUCGUCGUGCCCCCUAACCCUUCCGCCACAGCACCUUCCUCCAUGGACCCGGUAUCAUAUGAGCUGCGCCAGCAGAGCAACCUUCUGUUGGCCUCGCUGUUGGAAAACUUUUGCGAAAUGCUGCAAAAGGACCCGGCGCGCAACCGUCAGCUGUUUUUCGUGAUUUGCAAGCAGCUGGCGCGUAUUGGACUUGUGGAUAAUCUAUCCUUCAUGGACGAAAUGAGUGCCGUCCGUUCCACCUACAAGAAGGCCUUCCGAACGCUCAUCUCGCAAGCCAUCCAGGCGGUGGACACGGAAGAGGAGUUGCGUCGCACACGUUCGCUCGAAUACCUGGCUGGUGGGGACGCGAGCGAUCUCGCAUCGAACGCUGGUGGCGACCACUCUGUUGGAAACCCUUCUGGCCCUCAAGGCGCUCUUGUCGUCCGGAACGCAAGCUCGCCCGGCCUGUUUUACUCGCCUGCCUUGGACGAAACCGCAAAGGGCCCCACUGGCGUCUUCAGCUCAAAUCUAAGCGAUACCGGGGCUGUCGAGUCGAGCAUGUUUGCCAACUCGCGCUACCGUGAUGACUUUGUCGAGUACAACCAGCUCGGACGAGGCGGGUUUGGCAAAGUUCACAAGGUCUUGAACAAAUUCGACGGUCGAUACUAUGCCGUGAAAAAGAUUCACCUCAAAUCCACGCAGAUCGAUGUGUUUCGCAAAGUGUUUCGCGAAGUCAAGUCGUUGGCUCGGCUCGACCACCCCAAUGUUGUCGGCUACAAUUCUGCCUGGAUUGAGUACUCGCAGGCUCCCAGCACCCUGCGUCAGCGUCUCGCCCGCUCGCAAAAAGGCCAACCGCCGCCGUUGACUGUCCGGAAGCUGCUUGCGGACACACCAGACAACCGUGCGCCCACAACCACCAACGUCGGUCGCAGCACUGCGCCCUCGCGCCUGACUUCCGGACUGGCUGCUGCUGCUGCUGCUGCUGCUAAUGCUGCUGCCCGUGACGGUAAUUCGGGCCAUCCGCGCCCAAGCACGAGUGCGUUGCUCGCUUCACAACCCCCUCACAUUGCGGCAACCCUGCGCUCGGAGGGCUUGCUUACGGAUCCCGCAUUGCAAUCUGACAUUGUCUCGUUUUUCGUCGGCAACUCGUCAAGUCAGCCAACGUCGGCCGACUCGACUGCUUCUGAUGACAUUGUCUUUGCCUCAUCGAAUGCCCAGACGCCCGAGCGGAGAGCCUCGUUCGGGACAAUGUCCUCCCCGCUCGCGCAAAGUGCCUUGAAGACACGGGCGGAAACCAUCAUGUACUCGCGCACCACCGUCACCGAGGUCCACAGCUCGAGCAUUGAUUCCGAGGUCACUGAAGACGACUACGACUCGUUCGACGGCAGCGAGUCCUACGAUGGUGAUAUUGACGCGAACAUGGGGCCCAGCACUGGCGACAUUACCUCCGAUGAAACACCCACCCAAGAUCAAGACGACCAAGAGGACCUUGACGAGCUUCACUCGCAUCUCGAUCGGUUGACCAAAAACUCCUUCCCCCAUCCCCACCCAAAGCACAAUCCCGGCCAUCCACCAAUGCGGCACGCUGGUCCUCAUUCAAACAAGCUUGGCUCAGCCGCCGUCGCCGCUCCCACCAAGGGACGCGAUAGCGAAGAGUUACCCGCAAAUCCGCUGCUACAAAUGCGCCUGACCCUCUUCAUCCAAAUGCAACUGUGCGAGUACACGCUUCGUGACUGGCUUAAGGCUCGUAACGCUCGUUUUGCCAACAUGGCCCAGUCCAAUGUCUCGUCUCCCAACGUGGCAACCCAGCAGCCGCCAGCAUUCCCGUUGUCUGCUACCUCCGUCAGCAACACCAGCCCCAUCAAUCCGUACUCUGUGAUUGAUCCAAAGCAAAACAUGAACUUUUUCCGCCAAACCUUGCUGGGCGUUGCGUACAUCCACUCGCAAGGCAUUGUGCACCGCGAUCUCAAGCCCAGCAACCUGUUUUUGUUGGAUUCGGCAUCUCAGGUCAAGAUUGGCGACUUUGGGCUUGCGGCCGACAUUGCUUUCGAGGAUACAGCAACGUCCACGGACGAGCAGAGCACAGAUGGCACCAGCCCCUCGUCGUCAUUAGCAGUGACGCCGCAGCCGAAUGCAACUGUGCCGUCGCCCUUGUCACCUCCCGCGGCUGUGGCUGUGGCUGUGGAUGGCGCUCCUUCUAGUGGUGCUGCGGGAUCCGCUGCUCCGUUGAGCGCUGCGUCUGCUUUGGUAGCGGCGCGCAAUCGCCGCGCUGGGGGACAGAACGGGCUAAACCGCGCCUCCAUCACCUCCCUGGACGCGACUGCGCAUUCCCUUCUCGAAAGCGAGACCUCUGGCCUCACUUCGGGUGUCGGCACUGUGACGUACGCUGCUCCCGAGCAACUGAACGGAAACAACUACGACUACCAAGCCGAUAUUUACAGCUUGGGCAUCAUCUUCUUUGAGCUUUUCUGUCCGUUCGCAACAGACAUGGAGCGAGCGAUUGCGCUGCGUGACUUGCGCAAGGGCAUUUUGCCCAAACGCAUGUUGACAGACUACCCCAAGGAAGCUGCGUUUGUGCUGUGGCUGACCGCGGAGAACCCCGCAAACCGACCCGAUGCCGCCCAGAUUCUCGAGUUUGGUCUCCUCGUUGCCGACGACGCGUCGAGCGACCAUCAUGCUUCCGUGCCGCCAGCUACCGAUGUAGCCUCUGCCGCCGGAGCUGGUCCGCUAUCUACGGCCGCCAACCGCCUCAUUCCCGUGGAAGAAUUCGUGCGGGCUGUGUCAGAGCGAGAUGACGAGAUUGCUGCGCUUCGCAAGCAGCUCGCUGAGCAGAAUGAGCUGAUUCAACGACUCAUGUCUGGGAAGCAACCUCAGUGAACGACGCAUUUUGUUUUCUUGCUGGGUAGAAAAACUAGACGACGUUGAUAAAACAUUUCAAACAUGCACAAAACAAACCAGAUUUUUUAGCUUUGAAUAAAACAUUACUACAUGACAAA